UGAAUUGGAUCGAGUAAGAGAGAAAGUGUGAAAAGAACAGUACAAACAUAGAUUGCACGAAAACUGAAUACGAAUCAUUUUCAAUGAAUUUUAACUAGUGAUUUAUUGUGUGACAUAUACACGAAGACAGAAGAAGUAUAUAAUAUCAAAUCAGUCAAUUUUUGUUUUGGACUGAAUCGUACUCUCUUCAUUUUUUUCAAUUGUGUUUUGUACAUCAAGGCACAUUUUCUCAAGUGGUAUUCAUUUAACGAAAGAAAUAUUUUCAGUAUAAACGAACGAAAACAUGGCCAGCCAAACUCAAGGCAUUCAACAAUUAUUAACAGCUGAAAAACGAGCUGCAGAAAAAGUUGCGGAAGCUAGAAAACGCAAACAACGUCGUUUGAAGCAAGCCAAAGAGGAGGCCCAAGAGGAAAUCGAAAAAUAUCGAUUGGAACGUGACCGCCAAUUCAAAGAAUUCGAAGCCAAACACAUGGGCUCAAAAGAAAGUGUUGCGGCCAAAAUCGAUGCGGACACUCGUGUUAAAAUCGAUGAAAUGAAUCGUUCAAUAUCAACAAAUCGGCCAGUAUUGAUUCAGGAGCUAUUGGAUUUGGUCUACGAUAUUAAGCCAGAAUUGCAUAAAAAUCUUAAACUUCAGUUGAAUAACUAAAAAAAAUGAAAUGAAGAACAGUCAAGGUCGAUUCUGACUUGCAACAGUUGAACAACACCAUAUUCAGUUCUGUAUUAUUUGUUAAGAUUUAUUAUGUUUUCUCUCUUUUUUUGUAAAUUUAAAAACAAUUUAAGCUUACAUCGAUAGAGUUUUCAUUUAUUUUGUUUAAAAUUCCAUAUUUUGUGUAAAUUUUUCUUCAAAUUGUCAUGCUGCAAAGUUCCAUUGCAAUGUGGGUUUUCAUAUUAUUCUCUUUUUUCUUCAAAUUCAUGAACAUUCACAAAAUAUUAUUGUAUGGCAUUAUUAUUUUACUGCCUGAUUGAGAAAAAAAAAACAUGCAAAUUAUCACAUUUAGUUAUAUUCCCAAAAGUAAUUCCGAGUUGGACUUAUUUAAGCACAAUUUGAAUGUGACAAUACGAUAACAAAAAGAAUCCAAGCAACAGAAGUAAAAAAAGUUAAAUAAAUAAACAAACACAGUAAGGAAACUUAAUUCAAGGACAUUUUAUUGUUACGGUGAUUAUUCUUGAUUGAAAUCACUCAAACUUGGCCACAAUUGAAAUCAUGUAUAUUAUUGUCCAUAAAUUCUGUUGAAUAAACCAUACAAUCUAUAUGAUUAUGUUAUGAGAGCUA